AUAAGAGAACUUGGAUAAAAGAAUGCAUAGGUUAGAGAGUGCGAAUAGAUUGACGAGAUGAUUCGUGUAUCUCCAUUUUUUGGUCCAAACUGGGUGGUCGUGCAAACUCUGCAGUGACGUAGUCCGUCACCCCUACCGCGGGUGUGGCGCCGCCACUGAUGGGCAGCCACGGCAGAUCAGGCUUUCAGGGCCUUUGUCUGCUAGAAGGAUCGGCUUGAGAAUGUCGGAGAGAUUGUUGAAGAGCCAAACCCAAGAUGGUUUUCAGGACUGCUUUAUAUUAGCCAUUGUAGUAGACUCUGUUCCUCAAUAUUACCCCGUGUAUGUGGGACGACGAUAGUUCCCGCUUCUAGAAGACCCCUUUUCCGACGACACGUGUAAGCCUGAUAAAACUGGAGACUGGAGAGAUGCGGGCAACGGAGAGACCCCGGGGGGCAGUGUCUCCAUCGGUACUUCACCGAGACACUCAUCGGGUUUGGCAUCAUUGCCAGGGCGAAAGAAUCCGGAGCAGCCUGGGGGCGGAUGCCCCGGAAUGCACGGAGAUGCUGAGGGGUCAAUUCUCCAGGCUUCUAUCUUACCACGUAUUUCGAAGACAUAUCCAAACAGCCUGCUACCAGACGAGACGAGAGCAACAAAUACGAACGAGAUUACGAAUUCGGGCCGACUUGGCAAUGCUAAUAACCACCGUGUGUUAAUGCCGUUUCGGAAGCCGAUCGAAGCCAACGCCGAUGCCGAGCCACGAACGUCAUACUUCGGCACGGCUUUGAUUGCUGUCUGGUGCCCCGAGGUUUUCCAUCGUCGCCACUUGCCGAGCCUUGAAUGGUGAAUUUUCACCCAACCGAGCCGAUUUGUUGUCUCCAUCUGGGUCCCGGCCAACCCGGCCGUCCGUUGGCAGGGAUGGCCUCUGAAUGGUGGGUAUCUCGUGGCCUACGAAUAAUCAGAUUCGGCCGGUUGGCGUUGGUCAUCGUCAUUUGGUCCGGACGGCACUCGGCUCUGCAAGUCGUCGUCCGCGUCGUGGCUCUCCACACGGUCUCUCCACUGGGGGCUCCUCGACGAAUGAACAAUUGUGGGUGAAGUUUUGCUGGGGAGAUGAGGGGCGUAUAUUGGUUUUUUUUUUUCCUUCCUAGCGAGCAUGUUCCUGUUCCUGCACGAUUACAAAAAGGGCCCAGUUUUCCUCCAAACCGACAUCUCCUCCUUUUCAUUUUCCCCACGGGCAUUCUCUCUUGACCAACUGCUCUUGUGUUAAUAUCAGGGACAUCCCCUUAUAUUCAAAGCCUUGGUUGCCUGAUAUCCUCUUCAUAUUAUAAAUCAACAUUCGGGAGUGAUUAACGGAGGGUGUAAACCACCACCAAAAAACCAAUCGCAAUCAUGGGUCUUGAAUCUUCUGCCCAUCAUGGGGAGUCUAUCACCCCGGCUCAGAACUCCAGCACAGACACUUCCUUCCAAACGAGUCCCAUUGAGAAGCCUAUGCGUCCAGCUGGAGUCGACACCCCUGUUCCACGCAUCACUCUCCGGUCCCUGGUGAUGGCUCUCUUCGUCUCAAUGGGUGGUCUGCUAUUUGGUUACGAUACCGGUCAGAUCUCCGGCUUCCAGGAGAUGAGCAACUAUUUGCAACGCUAUGGUCAGCUUAACGGCAGCGGCGAGUAUUACUUCAGUGAUACUCGCUCGGGCCUGAUCGUCGCCAUGCUCUCCAUCGGUACCUUGAUUGGUGCUUUGGUGGGAGCUCCCCUGGCCGACUUCAUCGGCCGGAAGUGGUCUAUUUCGAUUUGGUGUGCGAUCCUGAUCGUCGGUCUGAUCGUGCAGAUCACUGCUCCUAGUGGACACUGGUGGCAGAUGGUUGUCGGUCGUUGGGUGACUGGUCUUGGUGUCGGUGGUUGCUCCCUCUUGGUCCCCAUGUACCAGGGUGAGAGUGCCCCGCGUCAUGUUCGUGGUGCCAUGAUCUCCUGCUACCAGUUGUUCGUGACUCUGGGUAUCUUCCUUGCCUACUGCAUCAACCUGGGCACUCAUAACCUCGAUGGAACUGCCCAGUGGCGUAUCACUUUGGGCCUGACUUUCCUCUUCGCUGUGAUCCUCGGUGGUGGCAUGGCUUUCUUCCCCGAGAGCCCGCGUUACGAGUUCCGCCAUGGCAAGGUCGAGAGUGCCCGCCGGACUUUGGCUAAGCUGUACGGUGUCCCCGAGAACCACGUCCGUAUCAACCAAGAGAUGGAUGAGAUCCGCGAGCAAUUUGAGGCCGAGUCCCAGGCCCAGGUGUGGCACGAGUUCCUCACGGCUCCUCGUAUGUUCUACCGUAUCGUUCUCGGCAUGGCCCUCCAGAGUCUGCAACAGCUCACUGGCGCCAACUACUUCUUCUACUACGGUACCACUAUCUUCCAGGGUGCCGGAAUCUCGGACAGCUUCAUCACCCAGGUCAUCCUGGGUGCCGUCAACUUCGGCACUACCUUUGGAGGUCUCUACAUUGUUGAGAACUUUGGACGUCGCAAGUCUCUCAUCUUUGGUGCCGCGUGGAUGUUUGUGAUGUUCAUGAUCUUCGCCUCCCUGGGUCACUUCAUGCUGGACAUUGAGAACCCGGAGAACACCCCCAACGUCGGCAAGGGCAUGAUCGUCGUGACUUGUCUGUUCAUUGCUGCCUACGCCAUGACCUGGGGUCCCAUGAUCUGGGCUAUCGUCGCCGAAUUGUUCCCCUCCAAGUACCGUGCCAAGGGUAUGGCCCUGGCCACUGCCUCCAACUGGGCCUGGAACUUCCUCAUCUCCUUCUUCACCACUUUCAUCACUAGUGCCAUUGACUUCGCCUACGGUUACGUCUUUGCGGGCUGCCUGUUAGUCGCUAUCUUUGUCAUCUACUUCUUCGUGAUUGAGGGCAAGGGUCGUACUCUUGAGGAGCUGGACUACAUGUAUGUCAACAAGGUCGUUCCCUGGAAGAGCAGCAAGUACGAGAUUCCGCAGCAGCACCAGGAGUGGAAUGCGGAUGAGAGCCCGGCUGGGCGAAAGGACCGGGAGAUGUACCAUGCUGAGAACGCAUAAGCGUCGAGGCAGGCCUCUUCUUUUUCUUUUUCUUUUUCCUGGUUAUUUGAGUUAAAAGAUGUUGCAUUGCUCAUCUGCCUUUUUUUUACCGUUUUGAGUCAUGAUUAUGGUGCAUGAACUUUGUUUGCAUGAUCGGCGUUGGCUUCGGAUGGGGUCCCGAGA